AUGAACCUUAGCAACUGCCCCUCCAAGCUCGGUAUCGAAGGCUGGGAGACCAAGUGCGACUUCUGCCCCUACUGCAUCGGCGCUCCAGACUUGUCGACCUACCGCCUCGUCGGCAACGACCGCAGCCCCAGCAUCGGCGGCCUAUCUCGCUCGCCUUCUCUCUCAAUGUCUCUUAGCAGCACCCGGCGGGACAGCAGAAGGGGCAGUCUGGCGCGCUCGGACAGCUCCACAAGCGUCACGGGCGUGAUGCUCGCAGCCGGAGAGAAGAACAGAGCUCUGAACGCACGUCUGGAUGCCUAUCUUGCUAGCUGUCCCGAGAAGAUCAUUAAGGCGGAGGGCGAGGACCCGGACGCUCAGCCACCCAGUCCAGUCAGUGACGGCGAGAACGGACAAGUCAGUGUCGCGCAGAAGGAUGCGAGCGGCAGUAUGUUCGGGAAGAGCUGGAAGAAGGGCAAGCGGUUCAGCAAGGGGUUCUUCAAGGGAGGCUGA